UGACGCUCUGCUAUGUUUUUAGCUUUAGCAUCGCAGCAUCUGAGCAGCGGACAGCAAAAAUGUAUCGUUUAAGUGAAUAAAAAUAUCUUUACAUUCACAGACGCAAAAUAAAUUUAAAGUUUACGGUCUAGAAUGACUUCAGCGAUCAUCUCGGCCUUAAGUAUCCUCACAAAACCUCUGAGCGAAGUCAAUGCUCAGACCUCCCAGCAGGUGGCGCUCCAGGCCGCUUUGGAGGCCAACAGGGCUCUGCUACUGGAGCGGCUCCAGAGCGACAGCAGCUUUGAGGAGGUGCAGAGGCUGAGGGAGGAGGUGGCCCGGUCAGCAGAGUGGUUCUGCAGCGACUCAGAAGACGCCACAUGGAGCUUUGUUCAGGAGUGUCUCCUGCUGCUCCUCACGCUCACGCGUCACAUGACGAUGGAGCUCGAGCGCUUCCAGCAGGCUCCGCCUCCAUCCACAGCCAGACUUCGUACGGCUGAAAUGGCUCCGCCUCUCCCCCCUGAUGUCCUCAGUGUAGCGCAGCAGAAGACCCUCAGCACCGCUCUGCAGUUCGUGGUGUCUUUGGGGCUCUGUCCUUUCCUUGCGCCAGGCGUGGGCGUGCCGCUGGGCCACAGGUCCGCGUUUGGAGCCGUAGUUGAAAAACUGAUCCGCCAGGAGGCUCCACCCCCUGCAAGAAGACGCCUUCUUACCACCACGAAUGUUCUGCUGCAGCUGGCGGAGCUGUCGUCGCUCGCCACUGUGGUGUUCACGCGGCAUCUGGGGGACGUGAUGGCGGCGCUGAGUCAGCUCGGACACGAGCCUCAGAAAGAGAGCGAACGGUGGCUGAACGUUGACGAAUGUCGUGCCUGUAAAGCGGCCCUCAGGAGUCUCCUGGAAAAAGUUUACCAACCGAUCGUCAUCAAGGAGCUUCUGAUCCUCCAAGGUGGACCCAAACAGGACGCUCGGCUCGGGAGCUCCUCCGGCAGCAGGGCAGGUCUGGCAUCGGCGCCCGCUUGGCUGCGGCGGCUGUGUGGUCAGCUGCUGUCCGAGCGCCUCAUGCAGCCUCACGGCGUGCAGGCUGUGGUCCGGGCCAUCCUGGAGGGGGGAACAGGGGGCGAGUCUGACUGGAGGAAAUGUGACGCUGUAGCCAGGAUCCUGGUGGCCUGCCCCCAACAGUCAACCUCAGCAGAUGCUUACUUCAGACUCAUCUGUCCUCAGGUCCUCGACCUUCUGCACUUCAAAGACAAGUUGACAGCUCAGCAGUUUCAGCGUGUGGCCACCAGGGCGGCGCUCUCCAUAGUGCAGGAGAGACCCACCUUUGCUCAGCAGUACCUGCUGGCCCCCCUGCUCGCUCCGCUGCAGCGCUGCAGAAGCAGCGAUUCUCAGGUGGUUGUUGAAGAGGCGGAGCUGACGCGCUGCCUGGAGGACAUCUACAAGAUCUGGGUGGUUGGAAACAGUCCAUCUCCUGCUCUCCUCACGGCGCUCAAAGAUGUACUUCCCGUCAUUUUUACCCUCUUCUGCUUCACCAAACAGAACGUUUCCCACCUGCGUGGCCUCUGUCAGGAGAUUUUACUUUGGUUCCUGGGUAAGUCUGAGGCUUCUGCUGCAUUGUUGAUGCUGCGGCGGCUGUCAGGCUUGCAGGCGCCGGAGAGCGAUGUGGCGCCGGGCUUCCACUUCACUGCAGGCAGCGAUGGAGGCGCCAGACUGAGCUGCAGAGAGGGAUGCAGCGAUGAGGACGAUGAGCUUUACGAGAAGCUGUCAGGAGAACAGUGGAGGCUGGAGUGUCUCAUCCACCUGCUGGCUGAACUCAAGGACUCCGACCUGCCCGGUGACUUCUUCCUGGAGCUGCUCAAGGAGCUGACCAGCUGGACCACUGCGGGUGAGGAGGAGGUGAAGGACAAAGAGGAGGCAGAUGUGUCGAGCAUGACGCUGCUGGAGGUGGAGCAGCAGAUGCUGGGCCGAGCAGAGCGUCAGGCCCACAAGCUGGCUCUGCUUCAGGUUCUGGCUGUAAUGGUGGAGAGCCUGCAGCACUCUCAGCUCCUGAGGCAGACCGCACAGGUUGUGGACUUCAUGGUGACUUUGCUUCAAAGGGCCUGUGUGGGACUGGAUAAUGUCCCAAAGCCUCAUCUGGAGAACCCCGUGGAGAGCCAAACGUUAAGCAUGGGGAUGGGUCUGGUAGCCACGAUCCUGUCCACACCACAGGUGAGCUCAGAGGAUUAUGCAUUGAUGUCAAAGCUGCUCCCACCGCUGGACUCCCUCUCGCAGCUGCACCCCGACGAGGUCGUCCAGGAGCUGGCAGCCAACCUCGGAGCCGUCAUCGCCACACACGGCGCCUACCGGCCUGAAAACCUCACUGCUCCUGCAGCAAGCUGCUCCAGAAACCCAGAAACCUCAGCGAAGAACAGCUCAGUGCAGAUCAGUGAGGUAAAGGAAUCAAGGACAGGUGUCUGCACCAGCAGUCGACUCCCAGCAUCCUCUGCAGGAGCAAAGAACCCGAACCGAAAGCCUGAAAGUCCCUCCAAGCCCUUCUCUGAUUGGUUACUCGAAGCUUGUGACCCAAACGUGCCAACCAGAGCUUUUGCUCUGAGGACCCUGACCCAGAUGGUGCAACUCAAAGACCCAGAGGCUGUCCAGGCCCAGGAGAAAGUCCUAAUGCUUUUCUUGGAGAACCUGGAGCACGAAGACUCGUUUGUCUACCUGUCAGCCAUUCAAGGUCUGGCUGCGCUGGCUGAUUCCUACCCGGACAGAAUCCUGGACAGGCUCCUGAGAGACUUCCAGCACGGACCUUCACUGCCCUCCUCCAACAAGGAGCGCUCGCUGGAGACCCGGCUGAAAGUGGGGGAGGUCCUGAUGCGGGCGAGCCGGGCGAUGGGUGAGCUGGCGCCACACCUGGGUCAGCCUCUAGUGGGCGUUUUCCUGCGAGGAACAAGGGACCCUGACGCAAGCGUCCGAGCCAGCUGUCUGUCAAACCUGGGGGAGCUCUGUCAGAAACUGGACUACGCUCUGGGGCCCCUGACCCAGGAGCUCAGCUCCUGUCUGACGGCUCUGAUAAAAACCGAGAAGGAGGCGGAGGUGAGGCGAGCCGCCGUCCACGUCAUCGCUCUGCUGCUGCGAGGACUCAGUGACAGAACCACAGAGGUUCUCCGGGAUGUUCUGUUGGACCUGUACCGGGCCCUGAAGUGGGUGAUUCGCUCAGACCCUGACGAGGUCGCGGUGGUUCAUGCUCAGCUGGCUCUGGAGGAGCUGGACGAUGUGAUGAGGAGGUUCCUCUUCCCCGGACAAAAGCUGGAGAAAAAGAUCCGGGUCCUGUCGUAGAGUUUCUUCUGACACGAAGAGCAGAAACAACCGGAGCACCAGCAGCACGUCCAACGAUCCAGACGUUACUGCAAUGUUUCUGAGAAGACUUUCAAGCUUCCUGCUGAACUUUAAGGUCAACAUUUUCUUUAAGAAAACCCUGUAAAGUUAACUUUUCUAAAAGCUCCUAAAGAUGUAAAAGUCAGUUUUUCAUGAACAAGUUUUGCAGGUUUCAUUUGUUUCAGAUUGAAAUAAAAACUUCUCAUCUUCUCAUCUGCUGAA